AUGGCUGGUCUAGAUGGUGUCACCCCUGUAGUGCCGGCUCUGCUCACUCCAGAGGCAGCUAAGCGGUUGUUGGAACAACGACGUAGUGUGGAGAUGCGGGAAGAGCUGUGGAGGUUGAGCAGGGUUGACUCUACUAGACCCUAUGCCGUGCGUAUCAUAGUCAUUACCGUCCCUUAUCGGCCUCUUCCUCCUCCUUCUCGACGGCUACUAGGACUACCUCUAGUGGUCGUACUACGGCAGCAGCAGCAGCAGCUGGGCCUUAUGCAGCUCAAUAUCAUGGCUUGGCAAGAGGAGGGAGGGGCGGUGUAUAGCCGUCAUGAGGCAUGGCUGAUGAAGAGAGAGGAGAAGUUGGAGGAGAGGAGGAGGGAGAAGGAGGAGGCCUCUAUGAAGGAGUGUGUGUUUAAGCCUAAGACCACUACGACUGGCCGUAGGGGAUCUAAAAUGGGACCGCAACAUGUGAAGGCGUGGGAGGAGCGCCGGAAAGCACGAGAGAUAGCGGGGGAGGCGAUGAAGGAGGAGAAGGAGAUAGCGGCUUGUGCCUUUAAGCCGUAUACCAAUCCGGUUAGGAGGAGCAUGAGGCAUGCCAGAGAGUAUAUGCAGACUAAUGUAUUCGAUCGACUAGCAUCUCAUGGGAGGGUGUUGGCUGAUGGGGAGAAAAGUGAUGGUAUGCCCACGGGAAGGGUUGGUAUGAGCAAACGUAGUGAGGAGGAGAUGCAGCAUAUAAUGUAG